AAUGAUUUGUAACAGUUUUAUAAGAUUUCUAAUGUAUACAAGUUCAAUCUCGUCAUUUGUGAAAUAGUUGUGAAAAGAUCAUGCUGGAUGGAACUUUGUGGAUUGAAUAUAAUACAACAUGUAGUGGAAAUGGAAGUUCAACAGGUGUUACAAAGUUUGAAUAUUCUCUACCGAUUUUAGUGUUUAGCAUUAUUGCACUAAUACUGAACACUCUAUGCAUCUCAGUAUUCACAAGACAACAUAGAAAAUCAGUUAUGCGAACAAGUUUAUUAGUUUUGUCUGCAACUGAAGUGUUAUUUCAUUUAUUUGUCUGUAUAGAGUAUACAACACGGCUUAUAUGUUCAUCACCGAAUCCAAGAAUGAUAAAAGUCUCAGAAUUCAUAUAUUUUGCACUCAUAAACUGGGGAUCUGAUUGCUCUUUAUGUACACGAAACUGGUGUAAUGUAUUAAUUACUUCAGCACGUACAGAGGUGGUAGUUUAUCCAAUGCGUAAACGUCGUUUACUGUCCCAUUCAUCGAUAAAAUUUAUCUAUGGGUUUUUAUGGAUUCUCUCCGGAUUUCUAGGCAUAGUACGUGCAUUUUAUGACUAUGCAAUCAUUUGUGACCCUACAAAUAAGACAAAUACCCAGGCAACUGUGAUAACUUCAUCUCAAUCAAAGGCAGCUGAUACAGACCUAUCUAACGCUAUUGAUAAAGGAACAACUAUAACAUAUAUUGAUGCAUUGUUGGAUCAAUAUAUAAUAAGUAACUAUGAAGCAUAUUGUUUUUUCAUUUUUCAAGUAAUUGCACCUACAUUAUUUGUUUUGAUCAUGUCAUUCAUCAUAUCAUUCUAUGUUUCACCAUGGCGUGAUUCUAAAAUAACUGAAGUAACGAAUGUUCGUCGAAGGAAUCAAAUGAAGGCGACCAGAACAAUAUUGUUUCUGGCAAUUUCAUUCCUAUGCUUUCAGACACCUAGCUUUAUCCUAGUCAUUAUCCAGCAUUACACAAAUGUCGAGAUCAAUUUCCAAUUGGCCAAAUUAGUUGCUGACCUACUACUAACUUUCGAUUCUAUAAUUAAUAUUAUGAUUUAUGCUAUUGGUUUACCAAGCUUCCGAGUUUAUCUCAAUCGGAUGUUUAUCUGUUUAUGUCCAUUUAGUAAUGCAAACAUCGGUAAUAAUAAUCGUGGUAGAAUGAACUCUAUGACAUUAACGCAAACAGAUUUUCAUCCCCUUGCUUAUAACAUUUCGAAAAGUGAAAGACUCAAACCACCAAGUAGGUUGAAUUGGAGUGAUAGUCCUCGAGGAAACCGCUGUUCUUAUUCACAUGAGCCUCAUAGAUGCCAUAAUAUUUCUUAUCGUCCCCACCAUAAUCAUAGAAAUAAUCAAUGUCAAUCUAAAGAUCACAACAAUAACUGUACUACAGAGCAACAAGUUGGGUAUGUUAACAACAAUGAGGAAUUUCCAAGUAUAAGGGAGAAUGAAAUUGGCGACGAUAUAUAGUCAGUUAAAUUUUAAAAAACGCAACUUUAAUGGUUCCAACGAAAGAUUAACACAUAGUUUCGUUGACGCCAUCGGACCAGGAAGAGAAACUUCUAUGGACAAAUAUGGAAGCUCAGAGAACACUGAAUGGCUAUCACUUUAACUUUGAACUAUAAAUUUUUUUUAUCUUGUAAAUGCUUAAUUUACUUUCCUUUUUUUCAUGAGGAUCUCAUGUGAUGAUAUCUUAGGAUCCUACUUUUGGUAUCUCAGAUUUGAUAAGCAAUAUUUCUUUAAGGUUACUUUGAAUUAUUACUAUUUCUUUGAAUUCCUGUAAUAUGCGGUUUACUUAUGCUUCGAGUGAACAAAAUUUGGUUAAGCAGUAGUUUUUCAGUGGGUUGAGAUAUUUGAAAAAAGACCCAAGGAGUAACUGAUUCAUUCAUUUAUGGAAGGUAAGUAUUGCAAACCAUAAUAUUUUCAACUUAUAUUUGCAGAGAACUAUCGUUAGAGAAGAUACGUUGAAUUGUUUUUCUUUUCUUAUUUUUGACCCGGAUAAUAACUUUCAAACUGUUGAAAAAGGCUAGAAUAACCUUACAAAUUGCUUUUCUGUGUUGAGGUUAAGUAGGAUAAAAUGUUAUGGUCAUUGUAAAUAUGGAGUGGUUUCUAAGAAACCAUCAAAAU